AUGAACGUUUACGAGGUCUCAUCUUCCGGCGCCCCGAGCCCGGUCCCAGAGGGCGUAUCCACUCCGCCAGCACCGGACAUGCCCGUCAAGGGUAAGAACCGACACCGUCUUAUUCAAAGAAUCCAGCGCAUAUCUUCAACGCCCUCAUUGAGUGGCUUGCGCCGCUCCAAAUCCGUUGGCAGCCGUGGAAGUCCCUAUAGCACGAGAAGCACCCUUUCGUGUGUUAGUCUUGCGGCCACUGGACCACCCCAGUCUCAGACUCCUUAUAGCGCACGUUCAUCAACCCCACAGCCUUCGCCUCUUGGUCUGCCCAGCACCUCAGGUUCAAGUCCUCAGUCAUCGGGAGAAUUCCCAUUCGAAACUCCUGAUAGAGAAUUGGCUAUUCGCAGAAUCGAGAAUUCCACCCCAAUUACAACUCCAAUUACCGCGCCUCUUCCAUCCGAGUUCCGAUCUAAGCAAGAUGUUCAGCUUCGAGUUCGUCCAGGUGUAAAGCCUAUCCAGAAGUCUCCAUUCCGCUUCUGGGAAAAGAUGCCCAAUGAACUUCAGAUUCACAUUUUCUCAUUCUUCCAGCCCAAGGAGCUCGUCCAGGCAUCUCGAGUCUCCAAGGCCUUUUACAAGACAUGUUUUGAUGGUCAAUUGUGGACGUCUCUUGAUGCCUCUGAAUUCUAUCGUGAAAUUCCUGCCGAGUCACUCGCCAGAAUCAUUAUUGCGGCAGGUCCUUUCAUCAAGGACCUCAACCUACGAGGUUGUGUACAGGUCGAGCACUACAAGCGCACCGAAGUUAUUGUGAAGGCAUGCAAGAACCUUAUGGAUGCGACUUUGGAAGGUUGCCAGAACUUCCAGAAGAGCACACUGCAUAGCUUGUUGCGAAACAACGAUAAACUUGUCAGCCUCAACCUCACUGGGCUAACCGCAGUCUCCAACACAUCAUGUAAGAUCAUUGCUGAGUCAUGCCAUCAACUUGAAUCUUUCAACAUUUCAUGGUGUGGCAAGGUUGAUGCCAGAGGUGUCAAGGCGGUGGUUGAGGGGUGCCCGAAAUUGAGAGAUCUCCGUGCUGGAGAGGUUGGAGGUUUCGAUAAUGUUGAGACUGCUGAAGCCAUCUUCAAGACAAACAAUCUGGAGAGGUUGGUUCUGAGCGGUUGUGCCGAGCUCAAUGACGAGGCUCUCAAAAUCAUGAUGCAAGGUGUUGAGCCUGAAAUCGAUAUCUUGACCGAUCAACCCAUUGUUCCUGCCCGAAAGCUUCGACACCUGGACCUCAGCCGAUGUACACAACUUACAGAUGCAGGCGUAAAAACGAUAGGCCACUUGGUGCCGGACCUUGAGGGCCUUCAGUUGUCCGGCUGCAAGCUGCUGAACGACGAUGCUCUCGAAUCUAUCCUAGCAUCUACUCCUCGACUGACACAUCUCGAACUUGAGGACCUUGAAAACCUCACAAACUCAAUCCUAUCAGAGCACCUUGCCAAGGCUCCUUGCGCAACUUCUAUAGAACAUCUGUCAUUGAGCUACUGCGAAAACUUGGGUGACACAGGAAUGAUCCCGGUCAUGCAAACUUGCACGAAUCUCCGAAACAUCGAUCUCGACAAUACCCGCGUUAGCGACCUUGUCCUCGCCGAGGCAGCGGCUAUGGUCAUGAAGCGUUCUCAGCGAUCAACGGAAAAUGGAACACGACCGAAACUCAGCCUUCAGAUGGUCGUUUACGACUGCCAAAACGUUACCUGGACAGGUAUUCGUGAGGUGCUUUUCCGAAACACUCAAGUCAAGGGCGUUUCAGGCCAACCCGGCAAAGUCAGCUACCCUACCGAGAUGAUCGGACUCAAGUGUUUCUAUGGCUUCCAGAUGACCGUAGAUGAGCAUCAAAAGCGGGUUCUACGUGGUGAUUUGGCAUCCGCCGGUCGUCUGGAGAGAAAGUGGGCAGAUUAUAUGCAGGCCACUGAAGAAGCUGGCAUGACAGGCGCAGGUUACCGAAGACGCAGGCGUCGAGCCAGAGAAGCCCAAGCCCUCCAUCUAGACGAGGAGGACGGUGGUUUCGGUCCCACCGGUCGCCGUAGGGCACGCACUCUGGGCUCAUGCGCUGUCAUGUAA